AUGGUCACAUGGUGGGCGUGUGAUGUAAACUCUUCUUGUAUUACGGGCUCGCGCGAGGAACAUCUCCGCCGGCCGCUACAUGUCUCCACGUGUUUGAUCGCUGCGCAUUUAAAGUCAUAAAAACAUUAAAAAUGCGCGUGGGCCAAUACGUAGCCGUGAUAUUUCUUCUUUACAUCAAAGUUAAGGGUGAUGUUGUCAAUGGAUCGGUGACGUUAAAGGAAGGCGAGCAAGAGGCUCAUCUUAGAAACAUCUCUAAGAUAAAACCCGAUGGCAGGUGGACAUUAGAAAAAAACGGGAGUGUUGUCUUAAGAUGGUGUUCUCCUGAGGAAGAGAGUAGAGGAUGUGGAAACUACUCGACAUCUCCUCGAUUCUCUGUCCUGACGGUCAAUGACAAAUACGUUAUAGUUCUUCAUAAUGUGACGGAGAGUGACGCUGGGAGCUAUGUUUUUCAAUUUGCCGGUGACAAGGAAGAACCGUUCAAUGUUAUUGUCGAAAAUUCCACCCCAAGAACAGAAACUGAAUCACCAAACACCUCUUCAACUAGCGAAGCACUUGCCAUACGUUUAUCCAUAUUAGCUGUUGUCCUGCUGCUGCUGAUUUAUUUAAUGUACAAAAAUAAAGAGAAAAUCAAAAACUGGUUUAAAAGGGUACAGGAAACACACUGUGGCAUGUCUGCCAACUCUUCAGAACGUGACGAAACAUCUACGGAUUCUGUCAUAACCAUAGACAAUGAAAGUCCCCAGAACCAUCAACCUCUGUUGCCAGUGAUGUAAAUACCUCAGGUCCUGACGACAUCACAGUCUGCUGAGUGCAUCACAACCUUCAAGACACAUCUGAAGACAGACCACCAAACUCCGCUAUUUUUAUCUUCAAUUCCAGUGUAUAUCCACAAUUUCAUUUUGUCUGAAUUAUGCCACAAUUAUUCUUUUGCUAAAACGAAGUUAUUUGUAGCCUUAGAACAAUUAUAUGCACUUACACCAGUCAUUAUGAAAUGUUUUGAGACUUACAUAUUUAUUUGUAUCUCUCAUGGCCUAUCAACACCACCUCAAUUGCUAAGUAGGUACAUGAGGAUCUUCAGUCAAAAUGGACUGAAGAGAGAAUCUAUCAUUAUUCCUACAACAGUCUUCUGGUGUACUUCAUUUCUGUGUUUUAUAACAGUUGCUGGGGCAGACAGGAGAGCC